GACGAAUUAUCAAGUGACAGUUUAUAAGGAGAAUCAAAGUCAGUAGCAAUUUGUUCAUCAUGCGUGUCGCCCUGAUAUUUGUGUUUCUCUGCAUUGUGAAUAAUUUGGGAAUAUCCCAAGGAUUUUGUUCUAACAAUAUAGGGGACCAUGAUUCUGGAUCAUGGUUAAAGUGCUCGAAUACGAAUAUUCAGGAGGCUCUAAGCGCAGGAAACCUUGCGUUCUCAGGCAUUGUGAUUUCACAUUCAAACAUUUCAACAAUCGGACCAUAUGCUUUCACGAAAUACGCCGGCACACUGAAAGAACUGAAUCUAUUGACAUGCGGUAUAUCCAGUGUGUCGCCAAAUGCGUUCAAGACAUUGUCACAACUGAGAAAAUUAAGUUUGGCUUAUAAUAAUAUUACCGUGGUCCACCCCGAGUGGUUUGACGAUUUGAUAUGGCUGGAGGACUUGGAUUUGUCAUUCAAUAAUAUAGGAACAAUCCCGUCGAAAGCAUUCGAAGGAAUGGCCAACGUUCGCAGCUUAUCUAUCAGACAUAAUAAAAUGACGUGCUUCAGAACUGCUGAUACGUUUGCAAAAAUGAAGUCUCUCAAGGAAAUUCAUAUUGAAGGGAAUCCCUGGGAAAUGAACUAUCGCGGAAAGAUGACAAGAUGGUUCCAUGACAAGAAAAUUAAUUACCACGUCAAUACUAAAACAAUGGAACAUAUCCUGGACGAAAUACUCUGGAUUUGUAGUAACAGGGAGUCUAACGUAUGUGGGAGUGAAAAUCAUGUCCGGGAUUGUUUUGCUAUUCUCUUAUUAAAUCAAUUAAGAUCAGCCGAGCGAACAUCAAAUAGUUAUGCACUUGUCGAAUCGAAAUGUAUCAGAGAACGAAACGAGUUUACAACGUGUGUUAGUCGCAGCACUGAUAACAAAGUUACCACAAAUGGUAAAGCAGUGAAAAUGCUUCUUUCUGGAUUAUGGGCAAUGAAAUCGUCGUAAUUGAUAUUAUGUAAAGCUAAUCAUUACAUAUAUUACAUGCUAUUGUACUAUUGAUACAAUAAAGAGACAUCAUAAGUCAAAAGAA